CUUCUGACAUCAAUCAGCUAGGUCCGUCUGUCGAAGAGUUUGUCAAUGCAUGCGAUGUUUCGAGAGUGAAGGGUCUCGCUUUCAAGUUGUAUCGGCUGGCAAUAUGCCAUAGCGGCAGGUUCAGAAUUGGACCCACGAGAUCAAACCAGAGCUCUUUCAAAAAGAAAGGCUAGAGUUUCUUAAGAAGAAGAGCAAAAAAUGAGUCAUUUGCGAUUGGUCUCGCUGGGAGGAAAAGUCACUUGCUUCCAAAUAUAGGGGGCGCAAGGACGUAGGGUUGUUUCAUCAGGAUCCGGUCCCUUCCACCGAUGGUUGAGUAAGCUUCCUCUGUCCUCUAUCUUCCAGUCGAUCUUCCACUUGCGUUUCCGUUCGAAAGCAAGCUACUGCUUUCCUCACCACUGAGUACUCCGAACUGGUCCUUGCAAAGCCCUAUACUCGGCUUGUUCCCUUUUCUUCUUUCAGAAUCAAACUCUCGCCUUUUUUUCUUGAUACCACUUUUUGAAUCAAUCCCCACUUCUCUAGCUAUCCUUCUGCUUUCUCUUGUGCUGGCCAGCCUUCUGAAGCUCUUUUUGAACUACCGUCUUACAUUGCCUGCUGUGAAAGAUCAAGAAAUUGACCGGUGGGUGCUCCCUGUCCAACUGGUACUUUCCUUAUGACUCCGACUGUGGUUGACCUUAGAUUAGACCGAUUCUCCUGCUGCUCAACCUGCUAGUCAAGAAGAAUAGGCAAAAGCCUGCUGCUGCGGUCAUUUUCUUGCUUCUGAGUAGAUCAUAGAUUCCGUUGUGAACGCUAACUGAGUGGUAACUGAUAGAUAGAAUUUCUUUUGAAGCCUUCGGAGUGGCUCGCAUCAAGCAAGGAUUUUUUUCUGACCUCUCGUGUAUUUCCAAUUCAAAAUAAUAUCUUUCUUUUCAAAAGUCGAUUUUUCAUACAUAAUCAAAAUAGAUCUCGUCCACUGAAAGUGCAGCAAACCUCUUAUAUGAUCUGACUGAUUACCUGUCUCUCGAGAAAGUAAAAGCAAAAAUGACAAUCUCUAUAGUUUGUCAAAAAUUACUGAGUACGAACGCACAUCUCGGCCGUCGGGUAGCUGCUCACCAUUUCAAAGUUUAUCUAUGUGGUUCCAGAAAUGGAAUUGCUAUUCUCGAUUCAGACAAGACACUUCUUUUUUUACGAAACGCUUUUCAUUUUAUAGGAUCUCCCAUUCGUCAAAAAGGCCGUUCCUUCUUUUUCAAGAACAAGAAUAUCUUUCUAUCUGAGAUCAUGGAAGAGAUGGCGAGCUGUAUCAAUGAUUCUCAAUGGAGGAUCGGGGCUUUUUUGACUCAUUCUUGUUCAAGUCCGAAACAAAUCCGUUCGAGAAAGAAGAAGAUCAAUGACGGGUCGAACCAACAACCUGAUUGUGUAGUUCUUCUGGAUGCAGAUAGAAAGUCUUCGGUCAUACUGGAAGCUGAUCGAUCACAAAUACCUAUUGCAUCCUUAGUGGAUUCUACGAUCCCAUUGGGAUCCUAUCAAAGAAUAACUUAUCCCAUUCCAGCGAAUGCUCCUAUACAGUUCGUAUAUCUCUUUCGUCAUUCGAUCACGAAAACAGUGAUUCUUGAACGGGGAAGAAUCGUUGCGAUGAAGGAGACUGCGGGAUAAGAAAAAACUCAUCGAUUUCCAAGUCCAAGAAGAAUUGGUUUGAGUCGAUCGGUCGAGUGGUAAAAGACCCAGCUAGUGGGACC